AUGGCUGACCUCGACGUCACAAGCCACUACAAUCUCCCCACCGAGUUCCCCGAAGAAUGGCCGGCAUCUUUAGACGCGACCGACGAGCCGGAAGAAGAGCCAACGCAGAAAGACUCCCGUCCGCGCAAAUCCCGAUACGUUGCUCUCGAACGCAGUCCUAGUGAUUGGAGAAGCAACUUUGGUUCACGGAGAGGGAAGGAGGGCAGAGACAAUGCGCGUGAGGACGAGCCCGACCCGCUGGGUACUAGCGACAGCGUUCUUCGAAUUCUCAAGCAGCGCGGUGUACCUCUAGAGGAGGAUGGCAAGUCACGGUUCUUGCUGUCAUCAACAUCUUUCUCGCCCGCGCUGUUUCUAUCACAAGCGCAUCACUCAGCCUCGAUUGAAUCGUUGACGGACGGCUUGGACAAUCUAUCGCGUUCCAUUGACCAAAAGUCGGCCUCACUGAAAGUAUUGGUGGAAGCCAAUUUCGAGCGUUUCGUCCGUGCCAAGGCAACCAUCGAUAGCGUCUACGCCGAGAUGAGGAACCAGGGUACUGAUAAGGAAAUGGGCUUGAGUCCACGGAGGUCGGGACACUUCAGAAGCUAUUCAGGCCAGCAACGGGGCGUAUCUCCAGCUCCGUUUGUGUCUGCUAAAAAGACUGCUCUUGUCAAGGAGAGUGAAUAUGGCAUGAAGGGUAUCAGGGGUCCUUUGGUUGAAGCUUCCGUCAAGGCCGAGGAGGUGUGGGGGCCGGCUCUUGGUGGCCGUGAACGAGAGAAAGUAUUAAAGUCAGUGGUGGAGACCAUGGAGAAACACCGUGAUGUUUACGAGAUUGGGAGCCACUUGUCCAAGGCCAUCCAACAACGUGAUUACGAUGCUGUUUUCGAUCAAUACACCAAAGCGAGGACGCUCGCCAACCGAGCUAAGGAUAUCGCGGAGCAGGCAUCGUCCAGUUCGCGCCGACAACUAAGCGACUCUGAAACGCACACCAUCCUAGUCAUGGGCCGCAUGUGGAUGGACGUCGACCAACAGAUUCAGAACUUCAAACGUGAUCUUUGGCGACGCCUUGCCGAUGCCCCCACUACGUCCACCACAACCACCGCCUCGGGCCCCGUGGAAGAACACAUGGAGUUGAUCGGUGCCUUGUUAGAGCUGGGCGUCGAAGACAACCCCAUUUGGGAAUGGCUUCAGAGUCGUUAUGAAUUCUUGAAGACAAAGAUUACCGGAUUCUGUGACCGAUGCAAGGUGGAAAUAGAGAUCUUGAGAAGGAGGCUUGCAGGUGGAGAGAAACCGACCCCCCAGGCUACAGCAUCGUAUCUCCGCCUAGCGCCUCGUGAUGGUGCAGCAGAAACACCGGAGAGACUUGACACGGAUCAAGUGGUUGAGUUGUGGGAAUGCAUACAGGCGUUCCUAACCCGGCUUCUAUCCUCUCAGAGCGGCUUGCUGGGUGAGGUGAUGGACUUCUGGGAAGUGGCCCAAUCCUUCAUCGAAGGCAACCGACAGCGGCUUCUGCCGGUUGGGUUUGAGGGAGAGAGCCGUAAACACCAUCAUCUCUCAGCUGACAAUGCUAAGGACCUUGAGAAGGGUGUUUCCGAGUUGGUCAAUAUCAUUCGAGAGAACGUUCUGACCCUUUUCACGGAACCCCCAACCAAUGAUAUAUCCUUGCUCUUUUCGCCAGUUCCCGCAAGUCCAUCGACCCCGGAAUCCCGGGGCGUUACCCCGACAGAAUCGCGCUUCAAGUUGGAUCCAAAGAACCUACCUUUCCCUCCCCCAAAGCUGGGCGAACAUUGGGAGGACUUCGCAUUCUGGCCGCCAUUCUCCAACUCGCUCAGUGGAGUACAUUAUUUGAGUAAAUUCCUCAUCAUCGUGGGCACUGCUGCUAGUGAAAUGGCAGCCUUACGACCGGUCGGUGGCUCUGGAAAGACAUACGACCUUCUCAAGACCCUUGUGAGUGUAGCCCGGGAACGAUGUGCCCGUGUGGCCUGUGCUGCCUGGAGCAAAGAUGCGGAGAUCUGCAAGAUGUUAGAGGACUGGACUCGCGAUCCAGAGAGGCGGGAUCUGACUAAAAUGCCUGGGUUACUUGUGGCUUUUGAGAGUGCUAUCCUUGGUGGCAUGCAGAAGAUCCUUUACAUUUCGGAAGCUAUGGCGAAGCCAGGCUCGGUGGAUGUUGUCACUCAGCCGCCUGCCAAACUUCUCCAAAUGGUUCGCACUCAGUUUGUAUCGAGUGUUUACAAAGCUCUGAGUGGUCUGGUUGAAAAUGCUGAGCGACAGACAACACCAGACGAAGAAAAUGAAUGGAUUAUUGCUCGACCAGCAAUGACAAGUCAAGCCACUGAUGCUGCCUUGUCGGUUCUUUCGGCCGAUUCCGUUGACUCUUGGAAUCGGAAUGUUCGAAUCCUUCUCACACUCUCCAACAUCAAGGCUCUACAAGCGGAUCAUGUCCCCCAGCUUAUCUCCAACUUUGAGACAUCCUUCUCGGUCAAGCUGACAGAAGAAGCCAAGACUAUCCGGGACGUCCUCAGUCAGAUUGAAGACAGGCUCUUCCAGUCCUACGUAAACCCAACUACUGCCUCAAUAAACAAAAUAAUCACCGCCGGCAUUACCUCCGCAGAUUGGGAGCCAACCGACGGGAGGCCGGAGCAAGUCCACCCCUAUGUUUAUAACACCUUGUUGGCCAUGGUGCUGGUCCACACAGAGAUCUCUACCACAAUCCCGUCCACUGUGUCAUCUGGAGCCAGUCGCGCUGCGUCGAGCGCACCUUCCUCGCUAUUGGCCACUGUGUUAUCAUAUUUCAUGGCCCAAAUAUCCUCGUCACAACUAGCUGCCUUCCGAGCUCGGACCUCCUUCUCGCUUCCAGCCUUGAUGCAAGCUACAUUGGAUACUGAGUUCAUGUCACAGACGCUGAGCGUGUACUCGACUGACGAGGUAGCAAAUGUGCAAGGCCAGAUCUACACCGAGCUAGAUUAUCGCACCACAAGCGAAGCCCGCGCUGAACUUCAAGAAGGGCUAGGAGAAAUGCGUGUCGUCUUGAAACGCCUCAAAGCCCGAACUAAGGGCGAGUUUGCUUGUUUCAAGGGGCCCAGAAGCGGCAAUCAUGGAAGUAGUGGUGGAACUAGUUCAGGCAACGUCAAGACUUCGAGAUAG